AUGCGCGAACUCGGCGGCGAGACGCUCAUGCUGACGGGUACGGAGAUGCAGCUUGGCCGUGGCGAAACCAUUGCGGACACCGCACGGGUCCUGUCCCGUUUUGUCGACGCCAUCAUGAUCCGCAUCCUGGACCACAACGAAUUGAACGAGCUCGCAGAACACGCGACCGUUCCCGUCAUCAAUGGCCUGACCAAGAUUUCGCAUCCUUGCCAGAUCAUGGCCGACCUGAUGACGUUCGAAGAACAUCGUGGAUCGAUCCGCGGAAAGAGCGUCGCCUGGACCGGGGACAGCAACAAUGUGCUCGCAUCCUGGGUUCAUGCAGCACCUCGCCUCGACUUCGAGUUGCGCAUCGCCACACCGGGGGAAUUGGCACCGCCGCAGGAACUGAUUGAAGCAGCACGCGCCAAGGGUGGUUCCAUUCAGGUGACCUCGGACCCAUAUGAGGCGGUCAAGGGAACCGACUGCGUUGUGACGGAUUGCUGGGUAUCCAUGGGAGACGACGAUGCGGAAUCGCGUCACAAUCUCCUGGGAGCCUAUCAGGUGAACGAGCGUCUCAUGGCUGAAGCAAACAGCGAAGCUCUGUUCAUGCACUGUCUGCCGGCACAUCGCGGCGAGGAAGUGACUUCCGAAGUCAUGGACGGCAAGGCCGACGUGGCACUGAAUCUUGAGGAACUGGGUAUUGCACCCGCAGGGCUGGACGCUGUCCGGCCCUUUGCCGUCGAAGGUCUGGACGUGCGCGGCCGCUCGGUCGCGUUCGGUCCGGUUCUGCAAAGCAUCCUGGAUCGGCAUGACUAUCCUGAGCCGGUUUCGCGCCUGCUGGCCGAAGCGAUUGUUCUGGCGAGCUUGCUCGGGACAUCCCUGAAAUUCGAUGGCCGGUUCACACUGCAGACCCAGACCCAGGGACCAGUGUCGAUGCUGGUUGUUGAUUUUGCGUCUCCCGAUGCGAUACGCGCUUGCGCCACAUUCGAUACUGGGCGUGUCGAAGCGCUGGUGAAGGCCGGCAAGGCAACACCGGAAGCACUGCUUGGUCACGGCCAUCUUGCCAUGACAAUCGACCAGGGCCAGCACAUGCAGCGCUAUCAGGGGCUGGUGGAGCUGGACGGGAUUUCGCUGGAAGAGGUUGCACGGCGCUAUUUUGACCGGUCCGAGCAGAUCCCGACGGAAGUCCGGCUCGGAGUCGGCGAGCUCUACACCCGCAACGAAGGUGAGGGUCACUCCAAAACCUGGACCGCGGGCGGCAUUCUCAUUCAGUUCCUGCCGGAGGCGCCGGAGCGAUUGAGGCAGGCGGAUAUUGACCCUGGAGAUGCCCCGGAAGGGACACAGCUGCACGAAAUGGAGGAGGACGAUGCCUGGGUGGAAGCCAAGGCGCUCGUCGACACCGUGCAGGACGUUGAGCUGACCGACCCGGAAGUCAGCGUCGAAAUGCUGUUGUUCCGCCUCUUCCACGAACGCGGCGUCCGUUUGUUCGAUCCGCAGCCGUUGUCGGACAAGUGCCGUUGCUCCAGGGAAAAGAUCGAAGGUGUCCUGUCAGGCUUCAGCGUCGAGGAAAAAGACGAAAUGACCGUUGAUGGCCGGAUCGUCGUGACUUGCGAGUUUUGUAACGCGAAGUACGAAUUCGACGGCUGA